UAAUUUUGCACACUUUUAUCCGAACGACACAAGAGGUCGCAUUGGUACAAACAUUUUGUUAAGGAAAGUUUUUGCGGGGCGUGUCUGCUGACUGCUUGAGAGAGCAAACAGAAAGUGAACUUCCUAGAACUUAGAAGUGCCUGCCGACUGACAUGUGGAUUUACCGAAGCAUGGACGGGCUGGAGACGUAGUGGCUUCACAUGAGCAAUAAAAAGUACAAGGCGAAAUGGAUGAACACUACGACAGGCCGCUGCAAAACGAGCCCAAGGCGGUCACAAACGGCGCUUCAGCCGGGAGCUUUUGGCAGGACCCUUUGGCUAUUGCGUUAAGCAGUACAUCUAAAGAUAUAAUUUCUCCCAGGAGCCGAACUAGAGCAAUAACUGUGGUAUACAUUUUAAUAGACGAAACUGAUUUGCAGCAGUCGGAAGAGAAUCUUUCACUAAGAUGCCUGGAAGAGGCUUGUGCCAAUGCCCACGCCAAAAUGAAUACCAUUCCAUUUGGGAGUCUUGCGCUUGGAACGACGGAUAUUUUAGACAUCUUCUACAACGCAGACGUUGCAGUGGUGGAGAUGAGUGAUACGUUCUGCCAGCCCUCCCUCUUCUACCACCUGGGAGUACGGGAGAGUUUCAGCAUGACCAACAACUUCAUCCUGUACUGUGUGAAGAAUCAGAACGACCUGCAGGCACUCAAGAAAGACAUCUUCCCGAGGAACGUGGAGCAGUGUGGGAGCUACACCUUCAUUCCUUACACGGUGUCGCCCCAGGGGAAGGUGUUUGCCUGUGAGGCGGGAGUGCAGAUGAAGGGCCUAUCGAAUCUGUUUCAAGCCAACUUUAACAUCGAGCCCCUACUGACGCCCCUCGUCGACCGCCUGGUCAAACUCCUGGGUGAUACACAGAUCCACUCCUGGUGA